GCACCGCCAUCUUGGUAAAUUCGAGACCACCUGCCUUCCGGACUGCAGCUCGUUAGCCACUAGGCGGGGCGGGGCCAGGCGAUGGCUACCAAGGAGACCGGCUGGCCUGCGCCUCCUGCUUCUACCCCUGGACCUCCGCCCGGCGGUGUCCCAGGACACGUGGCACGAGCUGCAGGGCCGUUCUCCGGACGAAGGGGCCCCGGAGUCGCCUGGCUGGGGGAACGGACCCAGGCGGCUGUGGAGAAACGGGGGCCGUACAUGGUGAUGCGUAUGCCUUCCAUUCAGGCCAAACUGCAGAAGCACCGGGACCUGGCCAAGUCAGUUCUGCGGAGAAAAGGCAUGCUGGGGGCCUCGCCGAACCGCCCCGACUCUUCAGGGAAAAGGUUAGUGAAGUUUAACAAGGGCUAUACUGCUCUUAGUCAGAGUCCUGAUGAAAACCUGGUGUCCUUCAACUCUGACAGUGAUGGGGAGCUGGAAUCCAGAUACUCUUCCGGGUAUUCCUCUGCAGAGCAGGUGAACCAGGAUGUGAGCCGCCAGCUGCUCCAGGAUGGGUAUCACCUGGAUGAGAUUCCAGAUGAUGAGGACUUGGACCUCAUUCCCCCCAAGCCUAUGGCCUCCUCAACGUGCUCCUGCUCCUGGUGCUGUCUUGGGGACUCUUUCUCUUGUACCCUUCAGUAGACAUAACCCCCUAAAAUGGGCCCUGCUUGCCAUGCCUGCAGAGCCCUUUUCUGUUCUUCAUAGGUCACAGAGUACAGCAGAACUACUGUCAGCCCCAGAAUCACUUGAGGUACAGACCUUGGAAGUCAGUGGCCUGUAGUUGCCCCUUACCUGGUGCUACUCACGCCAGAGGCCCCCAUCUGGGUGAAAGGGUGGUAUGUGGAAUUCUGUAGUUUUCCUCUGUUAUUGGAGCAGAGUUUGGUGAGAACAGAGAACACUUUAUUAAGGGCAGGAAUAUAGGAAUUCUGGCUCUUACAGUAAGGGAUUAAGUUGGCUAAGAAAAACUCCUGAAGACAUCUUUGACUGGUAUUUAUAGUCAUACUCUUCAGAGGAAAAAAGAGCUUUUUUUUCCAGGUUGUCCAUGAUGGUGUUAUGUGGAGGCAGAAAAUAGCACUUUGUGACUUGCAACUGGAAAUCUUUGGGGGAAAAAUUUUAACUGUAUGGGACCAGUUAAAGAAAUUCCUUAAGCUCUCCUCCUCUUCCCAACUCCAAGAUGUUUGCCCUUCAAAACAGCAUAAAGCAGAGCCCUUUGGCCCUCUUCUGGUUGGUCCUGACUAUUGCAGGGAGGAAAGCAGCUUGCUUGAUGCCAUAGUAGGAUGAAGGAUUCCAGAAUACCUGGACCCAGAGCAUCCCCAAAUGGUCCAGUUGUCUGUAUAGGUUUCGUGACUCUGGUAAGCCCUAGUUAGAGAAAAACUGCUCCACUAUGUACAUAUUUAUAUGACUUAACUUGGUUGCUAUUCUUUGCUUUGGUUUUUGCUAGUUUUUCUGUCCAGUCUUUGAGUUGAAUGUUGGUCCCAGAAGCCUGUCUGCAGAUUUUGGUUACCAGCAGAGAUAUCUGCAGGGAGCAUUCAGGUGCCUUCCAAUUAACUUUUUAAACUGGAUAAGUAGCAAAGGGUGAGAAGUAUACCAGCCCUGGGCUGACUAGACGGAAGCUCACAGGAUGAGGAGUAGAGACCUGUGUCAGGUCCCAAGGUAAUGGAGAUAAUCUGCCAUUGCAGAGGGCCUCCCUUCACCCCAAUAGGGACUAUCCUAUUGUGUCAAGCUCUCCAGAUUCCUGAGGUCACAGCAUGUGCCACACAGUGGAUACUCAGGAUUGGACAUUUUACAGUAAACCUCUGGGUGCAACAUAACCUCUCUCAACUCCAUGUGAACACAGCAAAGAUGAACCCCACUCCCCCAUGACCCCUACUCUUGCUAGACCACACCUCUCCCUAGAAUUUAGGUUUACAGUGUUUCAGUUUGUUUUGCCUUACCCGAAACUGUGGUGAGGUAAGGUUCCCAGCCGAAGGGACGUGGUAGUGAGGAUUGGAUUGUGGGCCCCACAUGGGACAUUUGAUGUCCUAUGACUGCUAGGGGUAAAUGAGGGAUGGCAUGGACUUUCUUGCUCUACUACUACGAGCUGAUUGAAAGAGAAUGUCAGAUAAAAAGGCCAUAUAUGUCAGCUAUGACUACCCUUGUGAGGGUAAUCCUAUUAGUGCUUGAUUGGCAUCUAUCUUGGUACUUUUAUCAAAUUUUAGAAAGCUGGGAAAAAUACGGUGUCCAUGGAGCUGUAGCUAACUUUUAUUCUCCAGUUUAGCAGUGUCAUGGCAGGAGGGAGAUGGUACAGGGACCAGAGGCACCUCAUGGGGUCUGGGAUGGGGGAAGCAUAUACUCUAUUCUGGAGUGAGGCUCUAACUCCACACAGGUUCCCCACAUUCUGAGCAGUAUGUGCAAAAGUUUGCAGGGACUGAAGACAUCUCCAUUCUGAACCCCUUGCCCACCCACAGAAGCUAUAUCCAGGCCUUUCUGGUUUCUGCAGGAGUAGAGAAAUAUAUACAAAAGUCUCAGAUGUAGGACUUGUAAAGGAAAACAGUGGUUAAUGGGAAACCCAGUGGGGGCCAGAAAGUGCUGUGACAGCUCAGUGUGGGGCAUUUGGUUAGCACAGUAGACAGAGCAGCCUAAGCAUUUAGCAGCUGCUGGGGUAAGGGCAGCAACAGGAUCACAAGACCAAGGUCCCCCCCCCCCACCCCCCCGUGAUUCGUGUAGUCUGUCAACACUAGGGUACUUGGCUGCAACUGUCUGAGAUGGUCUUCCAGAGCUGGUUGACCCUGAGUGGGAGGCUACAGGAACCUGAAAUGAGGGACAGUGUGCAGUGAGGCAAGAUAUAAAUGGUCAGUUUGGGACCACAGACCAAAAUGUCACCAGAAGGCACCAACGUGCCCAGAGCCAACCUGCCUUCAUUGAGAGUGCCUCAGGUGCUGUAGGUGACAGUGCCUCAGGGGGAGGGGUGUAUUCAGUCUCACCUCACAGGUGGGGGUGGUACUGGACGGUAUUUACAGAGUACUCUACAGAACCCCUGGCUUAAAGUUCCACAGCUCUGUGAGUUUAUAGUAAAUACAGUCAUGCUGGUUGA